AUGUAUGCGAGAAAGGGAUAUGAGCUAGUGAAAGACCUUGCCAGUGGCGAAAAAGGCCAGCUUCAGCCUUUCAAUGAAGAUUUGUUUAAUCAAGUUGUUGAUCAAUGCACUCAGCAUUACCUUGAGCUUCAGGCUUUGAUAAGGAAAAUGCAGGAAGAAAGUGUGGAUGUGAGAGAAACUAGAAAUGCAGACCACUAUGGGGCACUCAUCCACCACCUUUCUUUAAUUCGCAACAAACGUUGCUUAAUGGCUUAUGUACACAACCGAGCAGAAAUUAUACAAAAUUUUGCUUGGAAGGUUGGGCUUGAGCUUCUUGAGCUCCCAGAAGAAAUUCAAGAGAAGCUCAGUUCAUCAGAGAAAAACUAUUUUGGAAAGCAUUCUGCUGCUCUCCAAUCAUACAUGGCAGAAGUGGGAAUUGAUUUGAAUGUGGAUAUGGUUCCGCCGAAAGAUCCAUAUAUCAAGGUGAGAGUCCUUGAUGACAUGGGUGAAGGGAUAUUACUGAGUGAUAAGACAGCCAAUCUUGCUCGCCAUUCAAUGCACUUUCUUAAACGAACUGAUGCUGAGCAGUACAUUGCUCGGGGAUUGAUGGAAGAGCUUACAGGAUGA